AUGCAUAGCUGCACGCUGGCCAUAACAUUAAGCUGCCUGCUGGCGUCGGCGGCGGCGGCCACAGAAACGCAGAGCGCCUUGCCACAUGCGGCAAUUGCAAGCAGCACGGCGCUGCUGCAGAGCGAGCUGUUGCUGCAGUUUGUGCAACAGCACAAGCACAUACCACGGUUAACAUACUUCAGCUGCCACAACACCGCCAGCAAUGAUACAGGCAACGUGCGUGCCACGCCCAUGGAGCUCGACCAGCUACGCGCGGCAUUCGCUGCCAAGAAUGCGCAGCUCAUUGAGCGUCUCUAUCUGCAGUCGGAGCGGCCCUUUGUGCGUAUUGUGCAGUUGGAUGUGCUGCGUCAGCUGCACGGCAGGACGCGUAGCCGCCCCGGCAGUCCUGUCAGUCCCUCGGGCAGAGACCCGCGUGUUACAGCGCUCAGCGCAUUGCCAAGCAGCGGCGAUUGGCUGAACGAUGUGCUGCCGCUGGAGGACCUGCGCCAAAUUGUUGCCCUCGACUUGGCAUGCGGCAUCCUCAGUCGUCGCUUUCUGGAGCUGGCUUCAUCCAAGCUGCUUUUCAACGAUAAAUAUCACUGGCUAUUGAUUGAGGAUUAUGCGCUGCAUGCUGCGACAGGCGUCGAGGAGCUGCCUGCUCCCGAUGAGCCCGAGUCCAUUGAGCAACUAAUGGAGACCUUGAAUUUCUACAUGAACACGGAAGUGACAUUCGCCAAGCGCGCCACUGAAGCAGAGUCCUAUACGCUCUACGAUGUCUGGAGUCCUGGCCUUAACUAUGGCGGACAUGUUAACAUAACUCAAAUAGGUGAAUUUAGCAUAGAUGCUGGUCUACAGCUUUAUAGCUGGUUUCGCACUACUUCGACGUUGCUGCGGCGCCUGGACAUGCAACACGCACGCGUGCGCUGCAUGGUUGUGGUGACCAACAAGAACAUGACGGGCACUCUUAUGUACUAUCUAACGCACACAGUGUCGCGUCACAUUGACACGAUGAAUCGCUUCAACUUUAAUCUGCUGAUGAUUGUGCGCGAUAUGUUCAACUGGACGUUUGUGCUGUCGCGCACCUCGACCUGGGGCUAUGUGAAGAAUGGACGCUUUGAUGGCAUGAUAGGCGCGCUGAUACGCAAUGAGACGGAUAUAGGGGGUGCGCCUAUAUUCUAUUGGCUGGAGCGGCACAAGUGGAUCGAUGCAGCUGGACGCAGUUGGUCCAGUCGGCCGUGUUUUAUCUUUCGACAUCCGCGCAAUACGCAAAAGGAUCGCAUUGUGUUUCUGCAGCCAUUCAGCAAUGAUGUUUGGGUAUUGAUACUGAUCUGUGGUGUUUUAACGGUGCUUAUACUUUGGCUGCUGACGACUAUAGAAUGGAAACUGGUGCCACAUGAUGGCGCCGCAUUGAUAAAGCCCAAAGGCGGCGCGCCCGUGCAUCAUCAUCAUCAGCCACAACAGCCAGUUGCGCGCUCAGUUAGCGCUAUAGAGCAGGAUGUGCAGUCGCUGGCAUCUGUGCAGCUGCUGCCUGUCAAGGGCGGACUCUGGCAGCGCUGCUAUGCCAGCUUGAAUAAUUAUAUACUGAAGCGUCGUCAGCAGCGCAAGUCGCCGCAGCGCGUGGGUUUGUUUUUGGAGUCGGUGCUGUUCUUUGUGGGCAUUAUUUGCCAGCAGGGCUUGGGCUUCUCCACUAGCUUUGUCUCGGGACGCACCAUUGUCAUAACCAGCCUGCUGUUCUCCUUUUGCAUCUUUCAGUUCUACUCGGCCAGCAUUGUGGGCACGCUGCUGAUGGAGAAGCCCAAGACAAUACGCACUUUGAGCGAUUUGGUGCAGAGUUCGUUGCAGGUGGGCAUGGAGGAUGUGGUCUACAAUCGCGACUAUUUUGUGAACACCAAAGAUCCUGUUAGCUUGGAGCUGUAUGCCAAGAAGAUUACCAGCGUGCCUAGCAAAGAGCCAGAGGCUGUUGCUGCAGCUGCUGCUGCUGCUGCACCCGUUGAGGAAUAUACUGAAGCGCCGCCUGCUGGCGUCGAUGUGGCCAACUAUCGUGACAUUGUGCAUAGUCAUGAGGUGGGCGCGCAUGCCAAGGACAAUGUCGCAAGCAAUUGGCUGGAUCCGGAUACAGGACUGCGACGUGUUAAGCAAGGACGUUUUGCUUUUCAUGUGGAUGUUGCUGCUGCUUACAAAAUCAUACAGGACACCUUUAGUGAGCGCGAAAUUUGUGAACUCACCGAGGUGAGCAUGUUUGCGCCGCAGAAAACAAUUUGCAUUACGCAAAAGAAUUCGCCAAUGCGCAAGGUUAUUUCCUAUGGGCUACGACGCUUAACCGAAACGGGCAUCUUCAAUUAUCAGUUUAAUAUUUGGCAUACAAGUCGACCGCCUUGUGUUAAGAAAAUCGAAACAUCCGACUUGCAUGUGGACAUGGAUACAAUUAGCUCGGCGCUUAUAAUUUUGCUUUUUAGCUAUGGCAUCACUUUGUUGGUUCUGGGCAUUGAAAUUCUCUAUUCGAAGCUGCAGUAUCGCAUUGUUAUUCUGGCAAAUUGAGCAGAGCUUAGACUUGCUUUUAAUUUGCUGCACAGGAAGUUUCCGUUUCAUUGGCUGCACACACACAC